CAUUAGAAUCUGCACGUAUUUAUGACAUGAAAGCUACCACUAUGCGGCUGAGGUCAAAACGAAGUCCAGACGGGAGUUCGGUAGCAGUAAUACCGCAACACAGCUCGCGAAAAGCCUCCGGCCUCCAGAGACUUUUCAGUUUUUUGCUGUUUGGAGCUCAGGCGUCGGCGCGCUUUGGCAGCGGUGUGGGCAGGACCGUGUCCAAUUCGGAAGGUCCCCAAAUGCAUAUUCUAGCGUUCGGCGACUCUUUGACGGAGGGCUACUACAACCACGGCACGCAGUUCCACCCCUACGCCAUCAAGCUGCAGCAGCUGCUGCUGCAGAACGGCUACAGCGUGAAGCUGGAGCAGCGCGGCGAGAGCGGGGAGCUGGUCACGCGGAGCAUGGUAAACCGGCUGCCGGCGCUGCUGCGGGAGAGCGAGGCGCGCGGCGUCAAGUACGGCUGGGUGAUCAUCCUGGGCGGCAUCAACGACCUGGGCUGGCACAAGGAGCCGGCGGAGGUGUGGGCGGGGCUGCGGCAGAUGUACGAGGCGGUGGGGAGGCACGGCGCGCAGGCGCUGGCGCUGACCUGCAUGGAGACCGCCUACCAGCUGGGUGACGAGAAGCGGGUGGAGCUGAACAACCUCAUCCGCACCGCACCCGCCGAGUUCCCGCACGUCAAGCUGCUGGACCUGGAGAAGGCGCUGCCCUUCCCCCGCGACAAGUCCGACCCCGCCGCAGUGGCCGAGUGGGACGACGGCCUGCACCUCAGCCCCGCGGGGUACGACCACAUGGGCGCACUCAUAUACGGGGCGCUGAGCGCGCACCUGGGGCCGGAGGCGCGCGGCUAGCAGGAGGAGGUGGUGGGGGUGGGGGUGGUGGUGUGCGGGUGGUGGGAGAGGGUGGUGGUGGGUGAUGGUGAGAGGUGAUGGUGAUCGGCGGGUGGGACUGUGUGGCGAAUGCUUGUGAGGGCGGGUGCAGGUGGCUGUGGCAAGCGGGCUUUUGGGGAGUGGUCGCAGUAAAGUGGAGAGGAGUGGAGUGAUAUCGGAUGAUUGGCUGACAGACGCUGCAGCAGCGUGCGCAGUGGGACAGUUAUGUAUUGUUCAGGUUUGCACGUAAAUGAGGUGCACACAAGCUGGCAGGCAGGCGGGCACAGGUACUUCCUGUAUGCGCGGCGAGUCCGUACGUGACAUACUGACAUGCCAGGAUUCAGCACUGUUUGCGCUGUAACGUU